AAAAGAAAGUCGCGACUUGCUGGCCUGGGUGAGAAGGCUUCCCAUUUUCCUUUAUUUUCGUAACAUUUCUGUGGCUGUUGUUAAGCCAUUUGAAGUGCGGACAGGCACCCAUCAAGGAAUGAUGGCAUCCUUCACCUUCCACCUCGUGACCUUGAUCACGGUGAUCGUCGCCGUCGUAGAUGCGGCCCCCGACCUGAGCGUCUGCGAUCCUUCGGACCAGCCCUACCCUUACGACGGCCCUCCGCUGCCCACCCUCCCCUCGCAGUAUCGGCUCAAGGUGGAAGCAACCAUCACGAACCGGCACUACUCCUUCAUCCUCGAGGAGUUCUACGAUGAAAUCAACAAUCGCGGCGCGUCCGUCUCGAAGUCCAGGGGACAGACACAUUACACCACCUACGACUAUGCUCGCAACCAGACUCUACUAGUCACAACAGAUGACGCUACAGGUACUUCCAGCUGCAGGGUCAGCGGCUUUUCUCGCUUCAGCUUGUUUGGCUUCCACGUUGAGAACGGGAGUGGCCAUAUCAACGGCACCAACGCUGUCUUCAGGUUUGGCGAGGAAUACAACGAAACCUACAUGGGCAUGACGACGGUGCGGGGCAUUCAGGCUAACCACUGGCAGCGUUGCGUCUAUGCCCCCGGGGCCAAUAUUACGUUCCGACUUGAUUUCUACUUCUCCAAUGCCAGUUUUCAUCUUCAAUCGGGGGCUAAUGCCAUUCCUCUAAGAGCAACAAUUAAUGGAUCAGCUGUAAACAGAACAACGCAGCAAAUGUACAAUUUCUAUCACAAUUAUGAAUAUCUAGAAGUUGAGCCAGGUCCUAUAACCUUGGAAAGAGCCUUUGAGGUGAGACACUAA